CGACUCAUCAACCGCCCUACCCAUAAGACUAAUUGCAGGUUCUGGUCCAAAAUUAAUAAACCCAUUAGGACUCGGUUUGGGCGAUCAAAAGUCGCUAUCCUCUUCAACGGAUCUGUGGGCUUGAUCCAUGCGGGUAAAGAUCCGAGGAGGCCCAUGAGAGAAACAAAAAUUGCAAGAAACUAACCAGCUACCACUCACCGUCCAGCCAUAGAUGUCUCUCAUUUCUCCAGAAUCCAAUUUCAUCGCCGCAGCCCGCAGUCAUGAACUCCGAAAUUCCCCUCCCUUCAGAAACCAGCAGCAGAAGCCGCCGCCGGUGCCACGUGGCGGCUGUUCCUUACCCAGGAAGAGGCCACAUCAACCCCAUGCUCAACCUCUGCAAGCUUCUCUGUUCCAAGAAUCCCAACCUUCUCGUCACUUUCGUCAUCACUGAAGAAUGGCUGCGCAUCCUUUCCGGCGGCGACGGCAACGGCACAACUAUUCACAGCAAUAUCCGGCUAGCUUCCAUCCCAAAUGUAAUCCCAUCGGAGCUCAUCAGAGGAUCCGACUUCCCCGCCUUCUACGAUGCUGUAAUGACCAAGAUGGAAUCUCCCUUUGACCAACUGCUCGAUCGCCUCUCCGACCCUCCCGUCACCGUCAUGAUUUCCGACACCGAGCUCCGUUGGGCCGUCCGAAUCGGCAAUCGGAGGAAUAUCCCGGUGGCCACGCUGUGUACUGUCCCUGCCAGAGUGUUCUCCCUGUUCCAUCGCUUCGCCUGCGUGCAGAAUCGCGACCAAUUAUUGGAUGACGGAGAAGAGCAUCUUCAUGAUCAUUCAAUUGUUGCAAUUUCUCCGCCGGAGGUAGCAGAUCUCCGAGCAAUAUUCCGUGGGGAUGACCGGAAAAUCAUGAAUUUUACUCUAGAAUGCAUCUCAUGGGUGCCAAAAGCUCAGUAUCUACUGGUGAACUCUGUCCAUGAGCUUGAACCUGAAGUCUUCAACUCCCUGAGAUCGGAAUUUCGGUGCCCAGUUUACCCAAUUGGCCCAGCAAUCCCUUUCUCUCAACUCGACAACGAUACAGUUACUAAACCUGCUGCUGAUUAUUUCCAAUGGUUAGAUUCCCACCCUGAAGGUUCAGUCUUGUAUGUCUCAUUAGGGAGCUUCCUGUCCGUUUCAAAGCGGCAAAUGGAGGAAAUUGUAGCGGGUCUCAGGGAAAGCUCUGUUCCAUUCUUGUGGGUUGCUCGCGGAGAGAGUGAUAGGUUACAAGAGAGCUUUGGUGGUGGUGAGAAAGGGAUGGUGGUGGCAUGGUGCGACCAGCUGAAGGUGCUGAACCAUGGUUCAGUGGGAGGGUUUUGGACUCAUUGCGGCUGGAAUUCGACCUUGGAAGCUGUUUAUGGGGGUGUUCCGAUGCUUACUUUCCCUAUUAUCUUCGAUCAGGUUCCCAACAGUAGGGUGAUUGUUGAGAAAUGGAGAAUUGGGUGGAGGUUGAAGAGAGAUCCUGGUGGGUUGGGAAUAAAUGAUGGUGAGUUGGUGACGAGAGGUGAGAUAUGUGAAAUUGUAAAGAGGUUUAUGGAUAGAGAGAAUAGUGAGGUUAGGGAAAUGAGAAAGAGGGCCAAAGAGCUGGGGCAGAUAUGCAGGCAAGCAAUUGCAGAAGGUGGAUCUUCUGAUAGAAACCUCGAUGACUUCAUCUCAGACGUUUCCAAAGCUUGUUAGUGUUGUUGAUGUUGAUGAAUGUCUGUAACUGUAAGCAACAAUACAGGCGUUUUUUUCACACAUCACGAUGAAGGAUGAUAACAUAAAAUAAAGGAUAAAGAUCUUUGUCUAAAGAUCAUAAAGCAAGAAAGGCACAAAGCAAGGUAGCAGGUGGCUAGCUCCACAAGCCACUUGACCAUUUUUCUAUCAUGCUUUGCCCUUUUGUGAGGUACAUAUUCUAAUCUUGAGAAAAUAAGGAGAACCCUUUUCUAGUGUUCUACCAAGUUCUCUCAUUUUCAGCAGGAAUUGCUCUCCUGAUAUGGAACCGAAGUAUGCCAUCAUCUGGUGGUGAUGCCGUUCCCAGGGAGAGGGCACAUCAACCCCAUGAUGAACCUCUACAUGUUGCUUGCUUCCAGAUGAAGAGAUUUCCUUAUCACCUUUGUGAUCACAGAGGAGUGGCUUCGCUGCAUAAGCUCAGAACCAAAGCUGCAUAAGCUCAGAACCAAAGCCUGAGAUAGUUCAGUUCAAAACCACAGCCAACGUAAUUCCACCAGAACGCCUGAAAGCAAUAGACUUUCCAGGAUUCUAUGAAGCUGUGAUGACGGAGAUGGAAUCCCCAUUUGAACAGCUCCUUGAUCAGCUUCAAGUUCAACCUCCGGUGACUGCUAUCAUCGGUGACAUUGAAGUCAGAUGGGCUAUAGCCUAUAGGAAUUGGAGACCGAAGGAAUAUUCCGGUGGCAGCUUUCUGGACGAUGUCAGCUUCCUUCUUUUCCAUGUUGUAUCAUCUGGAUGUUGCUCCAAAAAGCCUGAGUUCACCGCCAAAGGAUCUUUUAGGUAAAAUGCAGAAAUGGGGUGUCUUUUGUUAUAAUGCUCUGAUUUAAACUUGUGAGUGAUUUUGUUUUUCUCUUUGUUAAUGUAGAUCGUAUGGAUUCCAUUCCUGGGGUUUCUACUUCACAAGUUUCUGAACUUAAAAACGUUGUUCCAGAAGAAUAAUCUCAGAGCUGGAACUUGCCUUGGAAUGCAUUUUCCAGGUGCCAAAAGCACAGUAUCUCCUCUUUACUUCCAUCUAUGAACUCGAAAUCCAAACCAUGGAUUCCUUAAAACAAUCUUUCACAUUUCCAGUCUAUCCGAUCGGCCCGACGAUUCCCUACUUGGAACUACGACGGAGUUCCUCCAGUGUUGACUACAUGGAGUGGCUUCACAACCAACCAAAAGCCUCUGUACUAUACAUCUCAUUGGGGAGUUUCUCUCAGUUUCAAGCACUCAAAUAGAUGAAAUCCUCGCCGGCCUUGAAGCUGCUGGCAUUCGGUUCCUGUGGAUAGCUCGUGCAGAAGCUUUGCGGCUGAACCUAACUGGUGAAUGCAAGAAGGGGAUCGUUUUGCCAUGGUGUGAUCAGUUGAAGGUAUUGAGCCAUUCUUCAGUAGGAGGGUUUUGGAGUCACUGCAGUUGGAAUUCGACUCUGGAAGCAUCUUUUGCUGGGGUGCCCAUGUUGACAGCAAGCAGAUUGUUGAAGAUUGGGGGUUGGGUGUGAGGUCGACAUACACUUGAAGCAAUAAACCAAGAAGUAGAGCAGAGAUUGCUCGAAUUGUGGAGCAGUUCAUGGAUAGUGGAAGCAAAGUAGGCCAACGAAGGAGGACGAGAGCAAGCGAGCUUGGAGAUAUAUGCAAUUCAGCUGUUGCAGAGGGCGGAUCGUCGGUAACUAACCUCGAUGCAUUUAUUGAUGGCAUUUCACAUCCGCCGUAGCUCCUUUCCGUUUCAAUGCUUGCAAGUUUGUGAUGCCGCUAGAUCAAUGUUUCAAAGAUGCAGAAUCUGAGAGAACAACCUACAGACGUUUCUUUUUGUAACUAUUCUUCAGUUCUUGGCAGUUUAGCUAAAGGUCAACACCAAGAGGCACUAGAAGUUCCUGACCUGACCUUAACUGGUUCUUAAUACCUCGAGCUAUUGAUAGAAAUUCGCAUUUUCUAUAGUUUGCUUAUUCGGAUUAUCUUUGUCGGUUUGUUAUUUUAUGACUUUUCGAGAAUUAUUGGGGUGAAUUGGGGAUAUUUAAUAAGUCGGGUAGCAGUAG